CAAACAUUGCACAAUUGCUUUACAAAGUUUCGAGAUUCACUAAGCUCCCAGUUUAGUGGGUGGAGGGAUUUGGGGAUAUGUCGAUAUUUUAGCUGUUUGUUUUCUAGUUAUUUCUGACAUAUUGAGUGGCGGUUACUUCAGCAGGACGAUGCUUCUUCAGCUGCUGUUAUGGGCGACCCUGCUCUGUCAAAUCUGCGAUGGAAAGGCCUUCCCUCAACGACACAAGAGGACGGUUUGGAGACAUAUGCGACAAAUUGAGCCGGUCAAAGACCCUUCUCCGUCGUUUUCUCUUCUAGCUCCAGCAAAAAUAAGGCCUGGAACAAAACAGAACAUCCUGGUGGAGGGACACAACCUGGCACAGGUGGUAGAAGUCACUGUUGUGGUUUACGACUAUCCAAACUCCCAAACUGCCUUGUCACGGGGCUCAGUUUUCCUCAAUUCAGACAACAACUACAGCGUCCUGCAAACCCUAGAGAUCAACCCAAAUUUGCUACUUCCAGAUGGAAAAAAGAAGUAUGUGAAGCUCGUUGCUCAGUUCAGCAACAUCUAUCGUGCAGAAAAAGUAAUGGCGGUGUCGUUCCGCUCCGGACACAUCUUCAUUCAGACCGACAAACCUAUUUACAACCCUGGAGACAAAGUACGUUUCAGGGCUUUUGUGUCUGAUUUGGAAUUUCGUUCUUCUGAGAGAACCAUAUCUCUGGAGAUUCAGAAUCCAGAUGGAAUUGCGGUGCAUGGUAUUGGGAGAGUUAAAGCAAUCGAUGGGGUCUUUUCUGACAUUUUCUCACUGUCUACUGUAGUCAAAGAGGGCAGAUGGAAAGUUGUAGCAAAGUUUGAUCAGGGAAAAGAGAAUGUUUUCAGCAGAGAGUUUGAAGUGAAGAAAUAUGUGCUUCCAGCAUUCAACGUCACACUUACUCCUAAAACAUCCCACCUUAGUCUGGAUGCAGAGAAGUUGGAAGUUGAAAUAACAGCUAGGUAUCUUUAUGGCGCGCAAGUGAAGGGUGUUGCGUAUGUGCUGUUUGGUAUUGAAAUUAAUGGUGAAAAGAAGAGACUCACAUCUAUGAAGCAAAUUGAUGAUCUAAAUGGAGGAAGUGUUAGUUUGACUAUGGAGGAGAUAAAGAGAGCUUAUCCUGACAUAAACAGUCUUCUGGGGUCUACGUUGUACGUCAAAGCAUCAGUAUUGACUAGUUCAGGUAGCGAUCUUGUGGAAGCAGAGAAAUCCGGCAUUAAAAUCGUAAAAUCACCCUACAUGCUUACCAUUAAGGACACACCAAAGUAUUAUAAACCUGGUCUGCCGUUAGCCAUGACGGUUAUCGUGAGUAACCAUGAUGGAUCUCCAACUCCUAAUAUUCCUGUUAAAGUCACCUUUCUUGAAAGUCCAAUCAGUGUCCACAGUGGCACCAUCAACAUUCACAUCAACAUGCCGAAAACGCACAUACUAUAUGGCAAUUCCCAGAUAUUGAAAGUGGAGACAGUGGAUCCGUCACUGAAACCAGAACAGCAGGCCAUUCAAGAGGUAUACGUCAAGCCAUAUUCUACUUUUAGCGGUCACGAUAACUUCUUGCACGUCUCAGUGGGAGCAAGUCGAGUGGUGGUCGGUGGCAGUGUCAGUGUCCAAAUGUACAUCAAAUCCUCUUUACCAAACCACAGAGCCCUCGUGGAGCAUCUCACAUACAUUGUGUUAAAUAAGGGGAAAAUAAUUCAGGCUGGUAGAGUGAAUGUCAAAGGCCAGGAUGUAACAAGCGUUCAUCUGCUGAUUACCACAGAAAUGCUACCUGCAUUUCGGUUUGUGGCGUACUACGUUUUGCCAUGGCAGCAUAGGGCUGAAGUGGUGGCAGACUCCGUGUUUGUUGAUGUGGAGGACCGGUGUGUAGGUUCGCUUAAUGUUGGACCAGUGGAUGGAGAAAUAGUCAGUUCUUACUCACCAGGCAGCAGCUUUAAAUUUCAAGUGAAAGGUGAUGUUGGAGCAAAGGUCAGCCUGGUAGCUGUGGAUAAUGCCAUCUUCUUGUUGAGUAAAAACCGCCUGACGCAGAAAAAGGUGUGGGAAGUGGUGGAUCAGGCUGAUAUGGGCUGCACCGCAGGAGGAGGCAAGGAUAAUAUGGGUGUUUUCAGUGAUGCAGGACUGAUGUUUCACUCCAGCACAGGAGGUUCAACUGACUCCAAAGAAGACUGCUCCAGUAAAACUAAACGGCGAAGACGUUCUGCAGCCAAACUGCAGCUCAGAGAUCAGCUCGAGAAGGCCUAUUCAGAUGAGCUCCUGCAGAGGUGUUGUGUGGAUGGCAUGAAGGAGAUUCCCAUGCCGUAUUCAUGCUACCGUCGCUCUCUCUACAUCACCGAGGACUGGAGCUGUGUGUUGGCUUUCCUGCGCUGCUGUGCAGAAUACAGAGGAGAGGAGCUCGGCGUCAUUACCAGACCUCCACCAACCACUGCUCCACCAACCAUUGCUCCGCCAACCACUUCUCCACCCACCCUCUUUCUCGUACCACAUCUUGAAUAUCAUUUUCCGGAACAACCAGUUUUUUUUGUGAGGGAUAGAGUACUACAAUCCAUGCCAAAGCUGCAUGCCGAAGCUAAUGUCGUCGGAGUUCGUCAGGACAGUUAUCGGGAAGUCGUUGUAGAAGAAGAAGAAGAGGCGGCUUCAGUGUUUGAGGAAGAUGAUUUGUCUGAUCUUGAGGAUAUUUAUGUGCGCAGCAAGUUUUUUGAGUCGUGGUUGUGGACCGAUAUCAGACUGCCUAGCACUGCCAAGUCUGAUGGGUUGGCUGUGUUUCCAGUGGACACCGUUCUUCCAGACAGUAUCACACAGUGGGGGUUUCUAGCUGUCAGUGCCUCACCUGAGAAAGGUGUCUGCGUAGCUGAACCGUAUAACGUCCGCGUGUGGAAGCCGUUCUUUAUCGACCUGCGUUUGCCUCACUCGGUGUCCAGAAAUGAACAAGUGGAAAUCAAAGCUGUAAUCCACAACUACAAGAACUCAACACUGGAGGUGAUGGUGAUCCUGGAGAAGACAGAGGACAUGUGUAGUGUGGCCUAUACGGGACAGCACAGACAGCAGGUUACAGUAGCAGCCGGUUCCUCUAAACUCAUUACAUACACCAUCAUCCCUCUGAAAACAGGGGAGCUCCCUUUACAGGUCACUGCUGUCGCUGCCUCGUUCAUGGGUCAAGAUGCAGUGAAGAAAAAUCUACGCGUAGUAGUUGAAGGCAUUCAGACACUUAAAGUGAGGAGCUUUGUGUUAAACCCAUCAGAGAAAGGAGGCAGUGCUGGGCAACAGUUGAUUCAAGUCAAGAAGAUGCAGUUGGAUGCUGUUGUGCCAAAAUCUGUACCAGAAACAUUUGUCAAUGUCAGAGGCGAUUUGCUGGCAGACAGUAUUGAUAACUCCAUUAAGGAGGACUCGUUGGCAGCAUUGAUCCGGAUGCCCGGAGGCUGUGUGGAGCAGAACCUGGCCAGAAUCACUCUGCCCCUCAUCGCAGCUCAUUACCUGGACCGCAGUGCAGACUGGGAGAUCGUGGGAAUCAGUCGCAGAGAAGAGGCCAUCAAAUACAUACAGAGAGGUUAUGAAAAUCAACUUAACUACAAAAAAUCAGACGACUCGUACCCUCCCUACGCCAAUGAAGGCACCAGCACAUGGAUCACUGCGUAUGUGGUGAAGGUUUUCUCCAUGGCGCAUUCAUUCAUUAAUGUCAAUGAGAAGCAUCUGUGUGGCCCUCUGCUCUAUUUACUCAAGAAUAAACAGGGUUAUGAUGGAACUUUUCAAGAGGACAAUCCCGUCUAUGACACCAGUAUGACGGGAGCUAUGCGGGGAUCUGAAUACAAAGCAUCUUUGACUGCAUUUGUGCUCAUUGCUUUAGCAGAGGCACAAGAUAAAGUUACUUGCCAAGAUCAAGAAGUCAACAUACGGGAUAAGUCUAGACAGGCAGCAGGGUAUCUGACAGAGCAUUUCUCCCGGCUGACCAGGCCAUAUACAGCAGCUAUAGCAUGCUAUGCGCUAGCCGUAUCGAACAACGCCUGCGUGAAGAGCAUGUUGCUCAAAUUUGCCUCACCUGAUCAUUCCCACUGGCCUGAUUCAAACAAUUAUUUUUUCACACUGGAAGCUACAGGCUACGCACUGCUAGCGCUGAUCAAAAGUGGCCACAUGGAAGAGGCAGAAGCUCCAUUUCGAUGGUUGAAUGAGCACCGUGGCAUUGGUGGAGGAUACGGCUCUACUCAGUCCACCAUGGUGGUUCUUCAGGCCCUGUCUGAGUAUCUAGUGAAGAGGCCUCCUCCGUCAGACCUCAAUUUGUUGGUUCAGCUCAGCGUUCCUGGUCGGAGUGAUGUUCGCUGGACCUUCAAUCCCAACUUGGCUUAUGUGGCCCGUUCUUCACGAGUCCCUCUUGAUCAGGAAUUCUCAGUGGCGGCUUCUGGGAACGGCAAGGGUGUUUUGGAGGUAGUGACGGUUUACCAUCAGCUUCCUGAUGUGUAUGAGAACAGCACAUGCAACGGCUUUCAGCUGGACGUCUCUAUCGCUGAGACUAAUGAAAAAACCUCAUCGGAUGUAGAAAAGUCCUUCAGACUCAAUGUCAAUGUGAGGGCUCUAGAAGAACGGCAAGUGAGGAUGGUGAUUCUAGACAUCGGCCUGCCUACAGGCUUUGAACCCGAAAACUCUGAUUUAGAGUUGCUCACAAAUUCAGUGGAUCGCUACAUCAACAACUUCCAAGUGGUGGACAACCUGAGCGACAGAGGAUCCCUCAUAAUUCACCUGUUCAAGGUGUCCAACAAAGAGGCAGAAAUGAUCUCAUUCAGACUCAAUCAGAAAUUUAAAGUGGGGCUCCUUCAGCCUUCCACAGUCAAAGUUUACCAGUACUACAACAAAGAUAAAAGCUGUAGCAGGUUCUACUCUCCUCCUGAAGACAAACAGCAGCUGGAUCAGAUCUGUGAAGGCGACGUGUGCCGCUGCUCGCAGGGAGACUGUUGUGUAAUGAAGGAAGACUUUGCAUUUUUUGGUAAAGAGCAGAGGAAUGCCGCUGUAUGCAACGGAUUACAUCAUGGUGAAUAUUUCUUCAGGGUAAAUUACUGUUGUUUAUUAUUCCUGUCAAUGAACAACUUUUCUUCAGCCUACAGAGUCAAGCUGAUCAGUAUCAGCCAGAGUCACUAUUACCAGUAUGAGAUGGAGAUUGUGCAGGUUAUCAAAGAAGGGACGGAGGAAGGUCUGAAUGAGAAGGAGAGGAGGAUGUUCCUCUCUCAUGCAAGCUGCAGGACCAGGCUUAAUUUGAAAGAGGGUCAGGAGUAUCUGGUCAUUGGGCCGAUCACUGAUGUUUGGAAUGCAGGGAGCACAGUGUCCAACAAGUAUGUGUAUACGCUUGGGAAAGAAACGUGGGUUGAGCGCUGGCCAGAUGAGUCUGAAUGUGGAUCAACACUGCAGAAGAAAUGUGAUGAGCUGAAGAGCUUUGCAAAGAAACUGAUUGAAGAUGGCUGUCAGGCUUGAGACUAACUUUUUCUUAUGUGUUAUUUUGAUUCUUAAAGUCCACGUGAAACAGAAGUGCUGAGACGUUUAUUUCAAUAGGUUGAUGUACUUACAACUAAAACAGAAUAUUGAGUAGAGGGCGGGGCUUUCUUUGCGCAUCAUUCCCUCAUAGCAAACUAACGAGGCUAUUAAUAUAAGCAAAUGGUCCGUUUGGUUGAAGAUUACCAAACCAGUUUUUUUCAGUGUAUUAACUUUAUUGACCUUAAAGGUGCAGUAGUUAAUUGUCUUCAGAAGCAUUUUUUGUUGUGCUGGCUAAAAGUCUCUUCACAGUCCAGUAGUAAUGAUUACAGUAAAUGAUCUAAAUGUGUUUAUAUGUAUUGUUAUAUUCUGAGUAAGGCAUAAAACUAAAAAAAAUGUUCAUCCAAUUAAAUAUUGUCGGACCGACAUCUCCCAUAAUUGCGAUAAGUAGCUCAAUCUUUCUGUCAGCAAAUGCAGAUUUGGGCUUGCCGCCGGCAUGAACGCCUCGCUUGCAUGUCUAGCUGGGCUUGCGCAUGCACACAGUCACAGUCACAGCGAAAUCUAAUGCUGAAUUGAAACUUUUUAAACUUCUGAAUCAUUCCUGAGUUAUUUUUGCACGCUGGAGGAAGGACGACACCCUGGCUCAAGUAUUACUCUUAGCGGGUAAUGUUCUGUUUUAAAACUAUUUAGUUUCAUGCAGAGCUGAUGUAGAGAGUGUUGUGUAUUUUCGGUUUGAUAAGGGCCUUUUACAGCAUCGAUAAUGUAGAUUUAUAUUUAGUUUAAAAACAAAACAUCAGUAAAUAGCGCUAUUCUGCCUAGCCUGCUUGCUGAGCUGGAUCUGCUUUUAUAUUCACAUUGGGUCAUUUCUGAACAAUGACAGCUUGUGACGCGCUCCCUAUAUUGUUUACCAUGCUAGUCUGAAUAUUCGCUCUGAAAUUGCAUGUAAGUGUGGCUUAAUAAGUGAAAUUCCUGCACGCAACCGGGCCAACCACUAUGUACACUUCUAACUGGGGAAUGACAUGAACUAGUGGGUUGUCUGCUGUCGUGUCGUCGCGGUGGUCGCGUUUGCAAUUUCAGGAGGCGUAGCUUUGAAACACAGUACCUCCCCUUCCAUCCAAAGCUAAUAUGCUAACCGAUUAGCAUUUUGGCAGAUCACCUACUGCACCUUUAAGAAUAACAAUGUGAGCUAGCAAAAUAAACACUGUAAAUUUAGAUUUUGCGCAGACUUUAAUACAGUUCUUUCAUUAAAAAUAUAUUUUUGUCUGUGCUAAAAAACAACCUCAAAACAGUUCUUAACUCAUUUCAUGUUUAACCUAGUGAUGGACAGAACAUCCACCAUUUUUCCACGAGUUGCAUUAGAGGGAAGACAAGAUGUCGCUAGUGUGGGUUUUCACUGUGGAAAAAACAAUCUUCAGAAAUGUACUUUGUUAAUAAUUUUAAGAAAAGAAAGAUCUAGUUUUCUUGCUGUUUCUUUCUUUUCUGCAGUUUGGGUUUUAAAAUAAAAUCAGUUGUUUAUUGUCUACACAACUCUAUUUGUUUUGGUUUUGUUUUCGUAAUCAGACUCAGAAAAAUUCACAUCAAGUUUUGUACUUAUUGUCCUAAAUUUAUUUGUAAUCAUCUUCCACAUAGUUUUUGGUGUCAGGUCAAUAAAGUGGAUUUCUAGUU